AAGCCAUUGCCACUCAACCUAUAUGACAUCCAGCGGUGAAAGAGGCGGGCGGAAAAAAAGUGAGAGAGGAAAGCUGCUGAGAUUGAGUCGAAUCGUCAACACGGAGAGCUGGAGAAAAAAAGCACUAAAUAGCCAUCAUGAACCUAGAAAAUCUCAGCAAGUCAGAGUUGCUGAUGUUCUUCAGUGUGCUUGAGGGGGAACUUGAAGCAAGAGAUAUGGUGAUUGAUGUGCUGCGAGCGCAGCACAAAGAUCGUUUCAUCCAAGAACGCUAUGGAAAGUAUGACAUCAGUGACCCAUUCCUUGCUCUGCAAAGGGACUGCGAAUCAAUCCGUGAUGGGAAUUGUGUUGAUAAGCAACCAGUGUGCACCAAUCCAUUAUCCGUGCUUAAAGUAGUGAUGACGCAAUGCAAGAAGAUGCAAGACAGAAUGUUAGCCCAGCUGGCUGCUGCAGAGAGCAGGCACAGGAAGGUUAUUCUGGACCUCGAAGAGGAGAAACGAAGACAUGCCCAGGACACAGCCGAAGGUGAUGACGUGACUUAUAUGCUGGAGAAAGAACGCGAGCGACUCACACAACAGCUGGAGUUUGAAAAGUCGCAGGUGAAGAAGGUGGAAAAGGAGCAGAAGAAGGUGUCCACGCAGUUGGAGGAAGAACGAUCACGGCACAAGCAGCUGACCACAGUGUUGGUGAAAGAAUGCAAAAAAGCAACUAACAAGUCAGCAGAGGAAAUGCAGAAAGCUGCAGAGCUAAAAUUAAAGCUUGAGAAAGAGCUGGAAAGGAGCUGCAAAUUGGAAGAAGAGUUGACCAUUGAGAAGAGACGGGCCUUGCAGAAGGAAGCCCAAAUGGAGAAACAGCUCUUUGAAUUUGACACUGAGAAGGAGCAGCUGAGAGCUAAGCUAAACCGCGAAGAAAACCAAACACGAGCUCUCAAUGAAGAAGUGGAACAUUUAAAAAAAAUCAUUGCAGAACUUAAAAGUGGAGCAGGAACCUCAAUUAAAACAACAGGGAAUGAAGCAGGCUCAUCAGUAGGGACUGGGUCUAAUAAAAGUAAAUCAUGCCAAGUAGAUCUUCCAUAUGUGGAAGUGACAAGCAGAAGUGAUACAAAACCAGGACAUUGCACAUCACCUAAAAUGCCAGUGUUUGUUCCACAUCUAAACGGGCACUGUGCGACACUUGCAUUUAAUAACAACGACGAUCAGUCAACUGAUGACAAUGAAACGGAUGGCAUUUAUGCAAAUGAGAACAAACCUGUUUCUCCCACUCCGGAUCACGUCAGUGAAAAUGGAGCUGCCACAGUGACCACGAGCUACGCACCACAUUUCACUGGUUCUCCAAACAACACCGUAAAUUCAUCGGCUGCCUCUUCAGUAUCUUCCUCCCCAUGCUCAUCCCCUGUGUUGACAAAACGACUGAUUGGUUCAGCAAGCCCCACGACCAGCUUUCAGUCCUCCUACCAAGCUGGGCUAAAUCAAAGGUUUCAUGCUGCUCGAUUUAAGUUCCAAGCACAGGCAGAGCAAGAUCAACAGACUGGUGUCCUACAGAGUCCUCCCCCAAGGGAUCUGUCGCCCACUACCUUGGACAGUUCAGCUGCCAAACAGUUGGCUCGUAAUACUGUGACCCAAGUCCUUUCUAGGUUUACAAGUCAGACGAAUACCCUCAAAACUACAAAUAAUUCCCCGUUUGGUACUGACUAUCGGCAGCUGGGCACUUCAACAAAAGCUCCAAUCAGUGAUGCCAAUCAUUCACCAAACAGUAGCAAAGUCUCUAGUCCUCAGAGUCCACUGGUACCUUGUAUAAGAUCGCCAACGACAUCAAGGGUGGAUCGAGGCAAUCCACCACCCAUUCCUCCUAAAAAGCCCGGCCUUGCACAGUCUCCAGCUUCACCACACCCACUGGGGAGAACGUCAGCGGAUGGUGGACCAACGCAAAUCGGGCUUGCUUCCAAAAACGAGUCAAGUACCCCCAGCUCUGUGCAACCACAGCGUUUCUUUAACUGGCGAGAAACAGGGAAUCAUGAGGAUGUCUCAUCAAAAUCGUCUUUGGACCAUGGUGCAGUGAUGGGCUCAGCGGAUGGUACUGAGGCUGCAGUUUGUGUUGCACCACUACCCAAUGAACCAAACCCUACAGCCUCCAUAAAGCUCUCAGCCGUUUCUGUGGAUGGUUGUAACACCACGGUGGACCUUCCAAACACUUGUGGCAUGGAUAACAGUUUGAUCACACCAUCCAAUAAAGAGAUUGAUAUACUUCUACCAACCAGUAGUUAAACUGUGUAGAAACCAGAUGUGAGUUGAUGCUUUUUUUUCACUCCUUCCAGAUAAUUGGAGUUUUGUAAUAACAAUUUAUUAUUUAUAGCACAUUUUGUAUUUAUACAAUAUCCACUUUGCUCAGCAUUUUACAAACUUUAGCAGUUAGUGUUUUAUAUUUACCUUUUUAGUCUUGGUAUCAAUAACAUUAAUUUAUGGGUUAAAUGGGAAAAAUUAACUAAAUGUAUAAAAAUUCAGAAGCUCCCAUUUAAUAAAAGACUUUUCAGUACAGUGUUACCAGUCAUCAAUUAAUGGAUGGAAUCACUGAAUGCUCCCCAAAAUGUUUUGAAGUUCCUUCGGGGUGUUUUGUCCAUUCACCAUAACCAUGGCUUUUAUUGGUAUUCACUAAUGUAAUUUUAUAAUCGUGAAAAGUACAUUGUGAAACUAAAAUGGGAAGAGAUUUAAAAAGGGAAUGAAAACUCUAUAAUUUGCAAAUCUGGUUAGGUUCAUGUUGCAGCCCAAGCCAGCCUUUAUGUAAGGGAUGAUAAUGGUGCUGGGAAAUCCAUCAGGAAUUUCACAGAAAACUGCAAACAAUUUUCUGAUGGUCACUUUGGUUCUUAUAAUGAUAAACGUGGGUAGUGGGUAGAAGAUAGUGGAUCUGAGAAACAUAAGUUUGCUUUCUUCCUUGUCACAUAACUAAAAUAAUUUACCCUUCAUUAUUGUUUUGCUUUGAUGGUGGUGGUAGUAAUUAAGAACUGUUUUUGCUCCUGCAAUGAGUGCAUUUAAAACCUUUAAAUGUAAUAUCUCUUCAGUGAAGACUUCAGUUAAACUAUAUAUAUUUAAUUAUUUUAUUACUUAGCUAACUGAUCCUGGGAGUGUUAGCAAAGGUUGCUGGUGAUGUUUUUUUUUUCAUCUGGAUGCUAAACUACUAGAAUAGACCUGUGAUUGAUGUUUUAAAUGCUGUAUUCCUCUGGUUUGAUUCAUUAAUUGCCAAGGAUCUGUAUAUCAUAUCAGAGGGAGUUCGAGUACUUUAACAACAGAUUCAAAUGUUUCCUCGAUUUGUAAGUAGCACAGCCAAAGGGAUUGCACAGUGUUCUGCUUUACAUCCAUUAGUUAAGUGUCAUUAAACUUUAUUCAAAGUGAGUUCAACUACUUGUGGUAUUCAGGGGCAGUCAAAUUUUGAGCAACUACGUACUGUAAUAAUAUCUUUAUAAUUUCCAGAGGCUUGUUUAAAUGCUCAGUUUAGCUAGAAAUAUGCAAUGAGGAGAGGAAAUCUACGGUGUGCACAAGGCAUACACAACAUCAAGUACAAGAAGAUGGUACAAUUUUUUUAAACUGAGCCUAUAAACCGAUGUUCUCCCCAGUGGGUGUGGUGUGUUUUUUUUAGUUUUUUUUCCUUCCAACACCCCACAAUGAGAAUCUCAUUGUACACAUUCAUAUGACUAAAAUGGCAACACAGAUUUAUUGCUGGAUCUCUACCACAACAGUGAAGCUGGAGUUUUAUCAGACUGUCCAAUGGUUUGGGAAAAUGGCUUUGCUUACUUACAUGCCACCUGCCCCCCAUUUCCCUACACAAAUAGAUUAGUCUUCCACCAUGAUAGGCAUUAACAUAGACAAAUCAGAAUUUAAAUAACUUCAAGAUCUGAUAAAGUAUUAAUUUUAGUCAUCUAAAUGACAGAUUAAAAAUUGUAUGUUUGAUUGGCAGCAGUCAUUUUAAACACAGUUUUGUAAACUGCAGGAUAGAUAUGAUCCACUGAGGAGAUCCAGUGAGAAAUUGUACUAAAUUUGUAUCACAGUCUGUGUUCUUUUUUUUUACCACCUGUUUCUAAGCAUCAGGGUAAAUUGGUGCGACUACUAGAACGGAAAAUUUGAAAAUUGUUUAGCAUCUUUUUGCACCUUGGAUCUAUAGCUCAAAGGUCUUCAGGUGAGUUGAAUUGCCUUAAAAUGUGGUAAAUGUUAUUUAGGUGCAAGUGAUGGCCAUUUUGUACAUAGUAGGAAUCACAGAGCAAUAAGUGAAAUCCUCGGUUAGCAUUUUUAAAUAUAAUAUUUCUUUUAAUACUCAGUAUUUUAAAGGCUACAAAGACUGUGCACUUGAGACGCUCAAAAGGCUCACUCAGCCAUUUAAACUCUGAAAUAAAGGGCCUUCAAUUGCCAUUCUUGCCCAGUCCUGAUGAAACCUUGGGAAUGAAUCAUUUCUAUGAAUUAGAAAGCUACCUUUGGUAUUUCUGAUGCCCUUAGAGUUUGAUCUUACUAGAUUAGGAGGUAGUAACUUUGAAACGUUACGUUUCCAAAAAAAAGCAAGUUCCUAAAAUGUCUGAGAUUUCUUUGUUUUUUUGAAUGAUCUGUUCUGCAGCAAUCAGUAGGUAUCGGGAAACUAGCAGUUUGGACCUCAGUAGUAUCACCGUCUUGGAAGAUGAAAUGCAGUUGUGGGAGGACCAGAGUAUUCCAUGUCAUCUCAUCCUGCCUGCCUUCUGGCAUCAGCUUUUAUCAGUUCUAAGAGGCACAACACCCAGCUGAACCAGAACUGUAUCUCAACCCUCCUCCAAUAUUCUCCCUGCUUUGCUUAGCAACAGAAGUUCAAAGCUUGUUGGAUCACACAAAUUCUCAGAUAGCCUGCUGACUUCUGGGAUGUGUCGAUAAAUUCAUGUGUUUCCAUGUAACGGAGGGCACAAAAUAAAUAAUUUAAGACAGUGCUCCAUAAGCUGUGAACUAGCUUAACAAAACAUUAUGAUAAGCAAUGGAAAGUCUGUGACUUCAGAUUGACAUGGUUUGCUAUGAUUGGUUUAUUCCAGAUCCAUGAACAUUGCAAAUGAACCACUACUGCUUUAUAAAAAAUUACACAUGUUGGUCCCAGUAGGGUAUAUAUCAUUGUUACCAAAAUGUGAUCAACAAUUUCGGCAACAGAACAACAGAUUAUUGCUUCAUGAAUGGUCAACUUUAAGUAAUCAAUGUUUUGUGCAUUUUUGAAAUUCAGUGACGCUUUUCUAAAAUACAUUUUAUAUUCUUACUUUCUUAAAGCUGUGUGGGCCACCUGAUAGGGAUAGCGAGAAAUGAAAUCAGAGAGGUAAUAUCAUUACGUAGCGUGAAUACAUCCCAAUUAAUCCAGUUGGCUGUCUUGCACACUGAGUGCUGAUCAGUGCCCCCCCAGGACUAUUUGCUGUGAUUAGGGAAGUUGCAAAGAAUGUAGGUGAGGCAUUGCCUCAUUUAGAUAUACAGAUAAUCCAUUGACAGUAAAUCUGGAACUCCGCAAGGUAAACUAAUAAUAGAACAAAGACAGGUAGGGCAAAUGAGGGCCAGUUUCAAGAAGUCCUUUGUACUGAGAGAUGAUUUUGAAAAUGGUUGAGGAACUGUAGACAAAUUAACUGCAGAAGGUAAGUACUUAUGUCCAUAUUGGAAAAGUUGACAGUUCUAGUAUAAUUUUAAGUUUAUGUAAGUGCUGAGUAGUAGCUGAAGAAUAUAGUCAGUAUAAUACAGCUAACAAUACGUAUUUAUAAGUAAAUCAUGGAAGUGAGUUCCCGUGGAGAGAAAAUUGCAAGCUACUGGAGUAAGGGUUGUGCGGCUUGUGGAAGUUUUUGGAAUCAUGUUUUAAUUGUUUCCUUAAUGCCACGGGUAUUUUAAAAAUAGUUUUCCUUUGAGGAUUUUUGUUUUAAAUUUUGCUACCAUGCUGUGACAGUGAUUUGAAAUUACAUGAUGUAGGUGAUAGAAUGGUGGUGGAUAGUGAUGUAGGAUCGGGAGAAAUAGGGAAUAGUGACUGAUAAAGUACCGGGUUUCUUGUUUUCUGCAACAAAACUGCACUAAAUGAUGCUAAAUAGUUAAAAUCUUGCAGUUAUUGACAAACUUUUAAUAACAGUAGUGAUUGCAAUAAAUAACAAUUAUAGAAACAUAGAAAAUAGGUGCAGGAGUAGGCCAUUCGGCCCUUCGAGCCUGCACCGCCAUUUAUUAUGAUCAUGGCUGAUCAUCCAACUCAGAACCCAGCCUUCCCUCCAUACCCCCUGACCCCUGUAGCCACAAGGGCCAUAUCUAACUUCCUUUUAAACAUAGCUAAUGAACUGGCCUCAACAGUUUGCUGUGGCAGAGAAUUCCACAGAUUCACCACUCUCUGUGUGAAGAAGUUUUUCCUAACCUCGGUCCUAAAAGGCUUCCCCUCUAUCCUCAAACUGUGACCCCUCGUUCUAGACCUCCCCAACAUCGGGAACAAUCUUCCCGCAUCUAGCCUGUCCAAUCCCUUUAGGAUCUUAUACGUUUCAAUCAGAUCCCCCCUCAAUCUUCUAAAUUCCAACGAGUACAAGCCCAGUUCAUCCAGUCUUUCUUCAUAUGAAAGACCUGCCAUCCCAGGAAUCAAUCUGGUGAACCUUCUUUGUACUCCCUCUAUGGCAAAGAUGUCUUUCCUCAGAUUAGGGGACCAAAACUGCACACAAUACUCCAGGUGUGGUCUCACCAAGGCCUUGUACAACUGCAGUAGUACCUCCCUGCUCCUGUACUCGAAUCCUCUCGCUAUAAAUGCCAGCAUACCGUUCGCCUUUUUCACCGCCUGCUGUACCUGCAUGCCCACUUUCAAUGACUGGUGUAUAAUGACACCCAGGUCUCGUUGCACCUCCCCUUUUCCUAAUCGGCCACCAUUCAGAUAAUAAUCUGUUUUCCUAUUUUUGCCACCAAAGUAUUAUGCAGGUAUUAAAUUGAUAAAUGCAACCCAAAAGAUGCAAAACAUUUUUUUCCCAUAUUGAAAGUAAACUGGUUUGAUAGAAGUUUAGCCCAUCCUAUUGAAUCUGAAAUGAGGAGACUUGUCUAUUUGUGUUUCAUCUUUUCAAAUUGGAGGCUUAACUAAGUAUUAGAUGCUGUUACAUGUGCUGGCUGGAGUCAUUUAAAAACAAUCAAAAUUCAUUGUACAUUUUGGAAUUUAAUGAAUGUUCUAGUGGCAUUUGUUAAAGUUCUGGAAUUAAUUUCAAAUGAAUGGUAACUCUUCAGGAUACAGAAUACAUGACGUCUUGCAAAAGUUAACAUGAACCAAUGAAAUUGACCUAAUCAAUAUCUUCAAAAAAUCAUUGAAUUGUUCUUUGGAAUGGAAUUAAUUCAUCCAAUUAAUUAAAUCUAACAAUGAGAGCGAAACAUUGUGGAUGGAAUGUGGAUUCCUUCCAUUAUCUGUGAAGCAAGUAAUUUUAUGAUUCUUGUUAAUCUAAUUACUUCUUCAGAAUCUUACAAUUACAAAUUACUCCAAGUUAAUUUACAGAAGUUACUCUUAAAAUAAAUCAUUAAUUAUGAUUUUUGAUGAGUGGGAAGAGAAAUGGUUCUCAAUUGAAUUAAAAAUGAAUAUUAAUUACACUACAUCUAAAAUCUCUCGUGACAGAGUACUGAGAGCAGGUUAAACCUGCCCAGUUGCUUGAAAGUCUUGGCAAAUGCAUCCUACUGAAAACACUUAAAAACUUGAAUCUUGAAGCAAUUGAACUUUUAAAGUUAUCUCCCUCUGCUUUGCCAACUGAUGUUUUGUGGAGGCUAUUUUAAUAAUUAUUCCCGAGAUUGUCAAUAAUGCUCCAUCCUAUUCCGCUUCUGACAAUACUUCUAAAAUUGAUUAUGUAAAUCUUUUUAAAUUGUUAAAUAUUUUCUUGUUUUACAUGUGUCUGUGUGCAGAGACUAAAAUAAAAUCAAAAGAAUUACAUGUCGUAAGUUUAAACUACAGUGCAGAUGUAAUUUUGAAUUUCCCACCCCAGAAGCCAGCUUACUUUUCCAAAGUAUGUAGUUAUGAAUGCCACUUCUUUUAAAAAAUAUAUACACUACUUUACUGAUAGUGAUACUGAAGGCAUUUCUAUUGAAGCUUUCCCACUUAUUUAGUCUUCUGUCUCAAACUAAUUUUCUAUUGACACACAUACAACAACUCAACUAAUGGAUGUAUGUACCACACACAGAUAUUUAAGACCAAAACAAAAGCCACACCUUGGAAACUGACCUGAAGUGUAUCAGAAGCCUUUAUUUAUGUUUAGCUGUUUUACAUCUGAUCUCUACUGUAAGUGCUGGGGCGUUUGUUUUCAGAAAAGCUAAAUGCAGUUGCUUUGCUCUGGUAGAUCAGAACUACUUGUGCUUUCAGGUGUACGCAUUUUUUUUGUCUUAAUUUACUAAACAAUAUGUUAAGCAUAUGGUUUUAAGGAAAUAAAUUUUGAUGCAUACAGUAUGUAUUUUUUGAGAUGUGAUUAAUCUUAUUCCAUAAAAUGCUGUUGCCAAGGUUUAUUUGCCACACCACAUGAAUCUUCACAAUCCAAAUAUUGAUUAAUUUCUGCAUUUGGAAAAUGAUAUUCAAAAACUCUAGUGUUCUGCAUUUCCAUUAUUGUUUGUGAAUAAUUAACAGAAUGGGAAGCAUCCUUUCUGGGUAUUGAAAAAAGUGCUGAACUUCACUGAUUAUCAAUAGGUUUCAUUCAGGAACCACUAACUUGAUUAAGGCAAGGGUGUCUGAACCAUGUAUAGACCAAGUAUACCCUAUGUUAUUGAAUUGAUGUCAGCAUGAUGGAAGUUUCUAAUUUUCCCCUGAGGAAUCAGUCACCAGCCAGUAAUCCUAUUGCUCAGUAUUUGGAAUUGCUUGAUAACCACCUACAAUAAUUUCUGUAAUGGGAUUUACUCUGAAAGAGAUGGCCGGUCUGGGUAAUUUGGGGGGAUGCUGAAUAAACUGUAGUACAACAAGAUUCUUGAAAGGGGCUAGAAAAAAAUGUGUUGAGGGAUAAAGGAAGUGGGAUAUUGUCCAUUUGAAUGGCGAUGAUAAAUCAGUAUGUAUGUGGCACUUAAUAUGAAUCGUUGUGCUUUCUCAUCGCAUUUGAAGUAAAUUGCAUUUUAACAUUGCUUCCAUUUUUAUUGUAACACUAAUUCACAGUGUAAAAUAGUGUAGUGCUUCCAUCUCAUAGCAUAAUUGAUUGGACCAAUUAGUAUUCUUAGUUUUAAAACAUUCAUAGCAAUAUAUUUUUAAUAAUUUAUAAGCUAUAAAACUGUUUUGAUACUGUAGAAUUGGUAUUUUUUCCAGACUUUCAAUGUACUGUGUACCUAAAAAUGCAUGUAAAGGGGUGAUUCCUUUUUGUGCUUCAUUUACAAACUUCUAAAUCUGAAGCUGCUCUAUCUAACAGGAUUUUGUUUGUACUGCUGGGAUAUUUCAACUAAUUCAAAGUGCAACUUCUAAGUGCCUUUUGAAUCUGCAUGUUGUAAAUUUUAAAAAUGUAAAGGAAUUGCAUAUAUUCACAGUUAAUGGUAAUUACCAUUAAUAAAACCAGAAUUCA